AUGGUGCGGGCCAUGGCGGCACCCUCCGCGCGCUUCGACGACGUCUGGCCGAGCCCGCGCGAGCGCAGCGGGGCUCCGGGAGGGGGGCCGCGGCCGCAGGGAGACCACGACGGUCCCCCCGAGCUCCGCCACGGCGUAGCCGGCGGCGGCGGCGGCUGCUGCAGCCUCCCCCCGGGGCCGUCCGGCGGCCGCAGCCCCGCCGACGACCCGGCGGAGGGCGGCCUGGAGGAGAAGAUAUCCGCGUGCUUCGGAUGUUUCCCCGCGAAGGCGGACUGCGGCGCUCCGGUGAGCGCCAUCGCCGAGGACACGCUGCUGGAGAAGGAUGAGAUCUGGAACGCUCUGACCAGUAACUACGGCCGCGUGGCGCCGGUGGACUGGAGCCGCUCCCGAACGCGCUCCCUCUACAUCUCCACCUUCAACCUGGAGGAGAAAGCAGCAGAGGCAGAUGUUGCGGAGGGGCUGUCGGACGAGGAGGAUCUGAGGGAGCAGCUGGACAUGCACUCCAUCAUCGUCCCCUGCCUGGCGGCCGAGCCCCUGGUCACGGCCGAGCAGGUGAUCGAGGAGAUUGAGGAAAUGAUGCAGGACCCGUCCGACACGGAGGCGGAGCGCCGGCCGUCGCGCUCGGAUCUGCCCGUGCUGGACGUCCAGCGGUCCAGCCCCGGCUUCCAAGAGAGUGAGUGCCCGGCCCGGCCGAGGGGGACGGACUCUCCUCCUCCUGCAGUGGCUCAGGGCUGUUGUGUGUCUGGUCCAGGGAUGGCGGCCAUGAGCGCUGCGGAGCUGGCGGAGCGGCUGGAGGAGGCAGAGAGCCACGUCAGGAGUCUGUCCGAGGAGCUGGUGCAGCAGCUGGCGGUCAGGGACGAGCUGGAGUUCGAGAAGGAGGUGAAGAACAGCUUCAUCUCCGCGCUCAUCGACGUGCAGAACCGGCAGAAAGAACACAGGGAGUCGCUGAAGAAGAAGAAGAAGCUGAAAGGCGGAGGCGGGACGUCGCAGGGCCUGGCGGAGAAAACCCCGGGAUCGCGCUUCAGCAUGGAGGGGCUCUCAUCUGUUAUUCAAAGCAGCUUCCGGCAAACCUUUAGGAGUGGCUGCAGUGAAAGACAGUAUUUGACGACAGUCAUUCCUUAUGAGAAAAAAGGCCACCCUCCCUCUGUUGAAGACCUCCAGAUCCUGACCAAAAUUCUACAAGCUAUGAGAGAUGACAGCGACAAGGUGCCCAGUCUUCUAACAGACUACAUCCUGAACGGUGAGAUUCUCCACUCUAUGUUUCCAUAUGGUCGUGCGUCUUUCAAAGACCAUCAGUCGUGUGUUCUGCCCAACUUAGGCCAGGCAGAUGGACACUGA